AUGCGGAGGAGCCUGAAGAAGGGGAAGAGGUGCAAGAAGGGGAAAAAGGGCAAGAAAUGCAAGAAGGGGAAGAAGGGGAAAAAGAAUGCAAGCAAGGCAGCAGCACCUGGUGGGGCGGCACCUGGUGCUGAGACCCCUGUCGACACUGGUGCUGAUUCAGUUGGCUCUGAUGGCGCGCCUGGUCGCAGCAUGGUGGAGGUCGACCAGCUCCCCCCGCUGGCGGAGGGAGAUGCUGAUGCUGAUGCUGCGGACACGCGGAGGAGCCUGAAGAAGGGGAAGAAGUGCAAGAAGGGGAAAAAGGGCAAGAAAUGCAAGAAGGGGAAGAAGGGGAAAAAGAAUGCAAGCAAGGCAGCAGCACCUGGUGGGACAACACCUGGUGCUGAGACCCCUGCCGACGCUGGUGCUGAUUCAGUUGGCUCUGAUGGCGCGCCUGGUCGCAGCAUGGCGGAGGUCGACCAGCUUCCCCCGCUGGCGGAGGGAGAUGCUGAUGCUAAUGCUGCGGACACGCGGAGGAGCCUGAAGAAGGGGAAGAAGUGCAAGAAGGGGGAAAAGGGCAAGAAAUGCAAGAAGGGGAAAAAGGGCAAGAAAUGCAAGAAGGGGAAGAAGGGGAAAAAGAACGCAAGCAAGGCAGCAGCACCUGGUGGGACGGCACCUGGUGCUGAGACCCCUGCCGACGGUGGUGCUGAUUCAGUUGGCUGUGAUGGCGCGCCUGGUCGCAGCAUGGCGGAGGUCGACCAGUUUCCCCCGCUGGCGGAGGGAGAUGCUGAUGCUGAUGCUGCGGACACGCGGAGGAGCCUAAAGAAGGGGAAGAAGUGCAAGAAGGUGAAAAAGGUUGGCUCUGAUGGCGCGCCCGGUCGCAGCAUUGCGGAGGUCGACCAGCUCCCCCCGCUGGCGGAGGGAGAUGCUGAUGCUGAUGCUGCGGACACCCGGAGGAGCCUGAAGAAGUGCGAGAAGCGCGAGAAGCACGAGAAGCCGCGUGAGCUGAACGAGAAGGGCGGGAAGCGUGAGGAGGGCGCGAAGCGCGAGGAGGGAAAGAAGCACUAG